CAGAAGACGGCAUGGAACGGUUUGCGUGCCCCACGCCUGACCGAAUGGGCCGCUACCGCUGCAUCGACGACCACGUGCUCUGCGACGGUUUCAUCGACUGCCCCAGCGGCGAAGACGAGGACCGCCAAGCGUGUAUGUUCUAUAAAACGACGAAGGCGCACCUGGACGUGCUGGCGGACGCGCUGCUGCGGUGGGCGCGGGGCCGCUAGAGGCGGCGCCGCAGCCACAGUCGCCGGCGCCGGCGCCGCCGCGGCCCACACAGCUCCUGCAGCGCCUGCGCCCCUCACAGCCUCGGCCGCCGCAGACGCCGACGCCGACGCCGCCCCGACUCGCGCUCCGUACCUCUUUUGUUUCGUCUACAUGUACCUCACUUUACUCUGAUGACGCUCCCGCCGCGCCCCGGCCGGUCUUGAGGACGAC